GAGUGGGUAGAAUCUAGGUGAACAGAAGGUAAGGAUGUCGGUUGGGAAGGUCUGGAGUGGUGACCGGCUAGGUAUGGGAGAGGGCCUUGCAUAAAACAACACGAACCCCCCCAAAGGAAGUCUGAGAGGCGACCAACUUUACUGGCUGAAGUUUCUAGAACCCAGGACAUUAGUGAAGGUGUGGCCCGAGGCCAGCUCCGCCUCAUCCUCUCCGGGCGGAAGUUUCGGGGCAGUUACCGGAAGUCUUCAUGAGGUGGGGCGGGGCCUGUGCAGCGGCAUGGUGGGAUCGAUAUGGCUACCGAGGGGGAUGUGGAGCUGGAGUUGGAGACUGAGACCAGCGGCCCGGAGCGGCCUCCCGAGAAGCCACGGAAGCAUGACAGCGGUGCGGCGGACCUGGAGAGAGUCACCGACUACGCAGAGGAGAAGGAGAUCCAGAGUUCCAAUCUGGAGACGGCCAUGUCCGUGAUUGGAGACAGACGGUCCCGGGAGCAGAAAGCCAAACAGGAGCGGGAGAAGGAACUGGCCAAAGUCACCAUUAAGAAGGAAGAUCUGGAGCUGAUAAUGACAGAGAUGGAGAUCUCAAGAGCAGCAGCAGAACGGAGCUUGAGGGAACACAUGGGCAACGUGGUAGAGGCUCUUAUUGCCCUAACCAACUGAUUUGUGCUUUCUCAGACCCACUCACUGGAUUAUUUUAUUUCAAUAAAGAUGUAGCCUUUUUUUUU